CCUCCCUCUCUCUAGUGCGCACACUUGGUCCAUGCGCGCACGGAUGCGUCGGGAACUGGCGGCAGACACCGGAGCAGCUCGUCCAGACACAUUUCUGAACAAAUAGUCCUUCAGCGACACAGGUGUCUUGGCGUGGAGAUGUGAAGUCGAGCAAUGGAAGAGAGUGGUGAAAGAGGAAGGGAGGACCAAGGAAAGGGAGGGGAAAGACCUCUGCAGGGGCCCCGCAGCCUGUCCCCGGUUGGGGCCACAUCCCUUGGGACAAAGCGACAUCUCCCUCGGGGGAUUGUGAUCCAGCUGACUGGGACGGAGGGGGAAUGGGACUGCAUGGAUGAAACCGAGCUUAUUUUCUCCCUCGACCACGAUGAGGACUACCCGUCUAUAUUACUCUCCAAGGACAGGCAGCCUUCCGUUGAGGAUGACGGGGGGUUGCAGUCCCAAACUUUUCAUGUUCCUCUCUCCCCUUCGUCUCCCGGGUCAUUGGGGAACUGCUCCGCCACCUCUCCCAGCUUCCUCUCCCCCGGCCCUCCCUCGCCCACCCAUCGCCCCCUGGCGAGUCUGGUCAAGUCGCUCUCCACAGAGUUAGAACUGAAAGAGGGUUCAACUCUCCGACCCAAGCCCUUUCUCAACCUGGUCAAGUCAAUCUCCACGGAGCUGUCCCGCUCAGAGCCCGAGGUUUCACAGUCAAAAUCAGACUCCCGUCUCAACCUCCACCUGUGGAAGCAGCUGACCCAAACAAAAACCGCCAGCAAUGGGGACUCGCGCACCGCUCCGCCAUCUCCCAGUUCAAUCUCCCCAAGUGGAGAGGGCCUGAAGGGGGGUUUCUUCAAAAUGGAGCUGGAGGACACCAAGAGGAAGCUGUCGGAGGCCGUGCACGAACCUCUGAGCAGCAUGCUCAGCAAGAUCAGGAGGGAGGAAAGCGGCGGCAGCCCCAAACACCACUCUAAGCCUCAGUUGCCCCACCAGAGUAGCUGCAGAAGUUUGGGGCGGGAGGGCAGCACGGACACCGUUUUUUCGGAGUCUCCUGUAAGAAAUGCAAGAAAAAUGGAUGCUGAUGUUUUGCCAGUGUUUGAAUGGCCUUCUGUGAGAAAUGUUGCGAGAAUUCAACGCUGUCCUUGCCCUGUGCAUCAACAAAUACAGCAUCACAGGCACGAAGAGCUGGAAAUAAGUUCAGAUGGAGAUAUGAUGCAAGUGUUUUCCAUUGAGUCUAAGAGGCCUGUGGUGAGGACAUCUCCUGUCCCUCAGUCUCCACAUCCUCUGCCACGCAUGAGCCUAUUCUGUGUGGCAGCGCUUUCCUAUGGCUACUUAAUCCUACCUCUGAAUCAAUACUUCUCUGGCCUGGCACUGGGAUUGGCAAUUGGCUUUAUGCUCGGGCUGUUUCUCAUCCACAUGGGUUCCUCCAGGUCCAACUGCUCAGCACCUGCACACAAACCAGCAGAGACGCUGUCAGGAGAAGGGAUGCUGACAGCUGGCUUCAUCACCACUGAGCCUGACAUCCUCAAGGGCUGGAUGAAUGAGAUCCAUGAUUAUGACCCAGAAACCUGCCAUCCAGCUUUGACUCACUCCGUCUUCGCCACCCUGGAGGGCUCCUGCCUCCGUCUGGACUACCCACGCACAAACAUCCGCCGCAGGGCGGUGUACGACGAGAGAGUCACUGACGCCACCUUUAUCAAGUCACGCUCCUUUCAGCUUUCAAAGAGCAAAGUAUUCCUGCUGCCAUCCAUGUUGGCGCGGAAGAGGGUCUGGAACCCGAAGUACCCCAUCUGCAUCCAACUGGCUGAAGGGUCAAAAUCUCUGGAGAGCAAAAGAGGGGGGUCCUUGGAGAACUUGGAAGCGAACCCAGGAGAUGACCAAUCAGCAAACCUCAAACAAAGUUCCUCCAAACAUUUGACGCUUUUCCUCUUUGGCCGAACGGGAAGAGAGAAAGAAGAGUGGUUUCAUCAUCUCAUGCUUGCAUCCUUGGAUACAGAGGGGGAAAAGGAGAGAGACAGGCCGAGGUCUGGCAGAUGUGUGUCCCGAUCGGGUGAGCAAGCACAGAGCGUUCAUGUCCCACGCAGCAGAGGGAGCAGCAGUGACCAUGACGGGCCAUCCACACCCCCACUCUCUUGCAUCUCCGCAGCUCCCUCCUGCAGCACCAAGGGACCUUCUAUGCUCGACUACCCCAGCUACAUGGCUCGAGUUCUGGGCGCAGACGAGCUGACCCCCCUCUCCAGUCCUGAAGCCAGCAGCACCGAGGCGAGCCCCACCAUCAGAGGGAAUUGCACCUGUGAUCUAGCAGAGUACCCUGGACUGAGCCAGACUGCAUGGGUUAAUGCUCUGAUCGGUCGCAUUUUCUGGGAUUUCCUGCGCGAGAAGCACUGGGCUGAUGCCGUCUCCAACAAGAUUCAGAAGAAGCUUAGCAAAAUCAGGCUGCCUUACUUUAUGAAUGAACUGGCUCUGACGGAGCUGGAUAUGGGCUGCUCGAUGCCACAGAUCACUGCUGCCUCCAGACCAGAGGUGAACCAGAGGGGGCUGUGGCUGGAGCUGCAGCUGGUCUACACCGGUAACCUGCAGAUGACCCUGCAGACCAAGUUCAACCUGUCCAAGCUGGGUAAAGAGGGCUGUCAGGAUACGGCACACUGCUCCGCUGAAGCUGGUCGCUCAUGCUCCAGGCCCGUCCUCAGUGUGCUGGCAGACAGCGACGAGGAGUCCUCCAGCGCCGGUUCGUCCGACGAAGAGGAGCUGCUUCUCUCCGAGCCGCAGGGUCCGGUAGGGGAGAAAGGCCCCACAUCAGCACCUGAAGGGACAGGCGGAGGAAAGACUGGGCGGAAGAUUUUAAGAUUUGUGGACAAAAUCGCUAAAUCCAAGUACUUCCAGCGGGCCGCAGAGAAUGAGUUCAUCAAGAAGAAGUUUGAGGAGAUGUCCAACACGCCCCUGCUGCUCACCGUGGAGGUCCGAGAGUUGUCGGGGACUCUGGUUGUCAACGUCCCACCGCCCCCGACAGACAGAAUAUGGUACAGCUUCUGUGUGCCGCCCAAGCUGGACCUGCAUGUUCGGCCCAAACUCGGGGAGCGGGAGGUGACUUUCUUCCAUGUGACUGAGUGGAUCGAGAAGAAACUUCAGGAUGAAUUUCAGAAAGUUUUUGUGCUACCGAACAUGGACGACAUCUUCUUACCCCUGAUGCAUUCUGGGAUGGACGGCCAGUCCCAGAGCUCCUCCACAGAGUCCAUAGAGAGGAUCCCAGCAGAGGUCGCAGGGGCAGAAUCUGACUAGUGCCUCACUGUUGAUGAGCAGCGGAAAGUUAAACUGGACAGCAGAGGCUUCGGUAGCUCUUAGGUCUGAACCAGGAGUUUUUAAGUUAAAUGUUUAGCGCUGUAUGUGUUCUGGUGUUUGUUUUUUUUCCUAAAAGUGGAAAAAUGUCAUGCUUUGGUUUAGUCAGAAGGAAUGCUGGUAAAAAGCUACAAGUGAUACCUUUCAGCAAAUGUUUACAUGUGAAUAAUUGUUAUGAAAUGUUAUUUAUGUACCGAUUUGUUUUUUUAAAACUUAAUUUCACUUUGGAUUGAAAGAUGAUGAACAUUAUUAGAAAAAAGCUGUAAAUAAACUGUCUGUUUAUUCUCCUA